AUGAACAUAACCAAACUGCGAUCUCUAUCAGCACGCGCAUCAGGGAUGGACGAGCAGAUCUCCCGUUUACAUCAUCGCGAAGGACCAUCGGGUGCAUAUGACAUAUACAAUGUUCUUCAUUCUGUCAAUUCCUUGUCCAUACAGGAUCCAACCGACUCUGAGGCCAACCUGGUGUUGGACCUUGUAAGAGCUAAGCGGCAAGUUUAUCUAGCGCAAAAGACACUGGCGGACUGUAUAAUACGCGAGAACGAAGUGUUGGCAAACUUACUCCGAUAUCGAGCUGAAGAAGCAGAAAAACGACUGGAGGACACGGAUGUUGGAUUAGGGUGCAUGCGAAUCGCAUUUAAGAAGAAUGGAUGGAGUCAUUUUCCUCAUCCGACUCAAACAUGCGAUGGCCGCCUACAAACUGAAGAUACUGAACGUGGUCGUCACCUCACCGUCCAGCUUGAUUGA